CAUUAUUCUAAUAUAAUUCGUACAUAGGAUUAUAGGCUAUGGAUAAAACUCAAAGGUUGUAGAGAAGAAGCUCUCUUUCAACAUCAAAAAUUAUUUGACAGGGUAGUUGAUAGCAAACGUAUCAUUUAAACAGACUGAUUAGUUAUAUAAUGGAAUGCAAAUUGAUGUUAGUUGGAUUAUUGUUUUUGGAAAUAUUACCAUUAAUAACAGGCGAAAUAUACAAAAUGUUUGAGGGUGUAUUUGAAGGUACCCCGAGUACAAGCAAAGCCGGCAUAACUACGCCUGACGAGUGUAUUGUCUCGUGUCAGUUUGAUGACACUUGCCGAGCAGUGACACAUCAUGGGGACACACUGCAAUGUGAUUUUCAUAACGCAACUUCGUGUUUACUUGGGACGCUUAAUGCGUUAAGCAUCUACAAUUACAAAGAUGACCCGGCAUGCUCAUUCCCUUAUCUUGGCUGUUACAAUGACGGUCGAAGUCGGGAUCUUUCUAGGCACAUGGGUUAUUUCUCAGCGACACAUGCUACCCCUUUAACAUUGCACCUCUGUUUUGGAUUGUGUAUUGCACAAGGUUACAAAUAUAUGGGACUUCAAGGCGAAGGAUGUUUUUGUGGUAAUGAUUAUGGUUCACGCGGUAAGGGCGAUGAAUCACACUGUAACAAGCCAUGCCCUGGUGAUCCAAAUACGAUGUGUGGAGGCCAUUGGAAAAAUUCUAUAUAUAGAAUAACUGAAUAAACUGCAUGUGUACACUCAAUAUUUCAAGUUUUAUCAAAUUACUACUUGUAGUAUACGUUAAAAUGCGAUGUCUCGAAAACGGUGAACUGGAUAGUAUCCACGGCCCGAUGAUAUAUUCCAUGACAUGAUGAGCUCAAGCAGUUCCUUUGAAUGGAAUGCGUUCUUUGCAAAGAAAGUAACAAUUGCAAUCUAAAUGGGAGUUUGCAAGAAUAAGC